AACAACGGUCAAGGGCCUAGCUAUUUGUUAACUCUGGCCCCUCACCUGCUCCCCUUCUGUCCAGCCCACGGGAGGGCGACUAGGGUUAGGGGCGACCGGAGGUCCCCGCGCCUGCCCAAAUCCACCCAUCCCUUCCGUUCAAGCCGCCGGAGCUCCCAGGCCGCUGGUGUCGAAGCCGUCGCCCCUUCCUUCCAGGCCCGCCUCCUCUCUGUCCGUUCUGUCUUGGUCGCCGAAGCUCAAGACCACAGUGUCAGGAAGUUCUCCAAUCUUCCAGCCAAACACAAUUCAUCAGUCAGAUACACUUUGACCGAGGAAUUAUUCAGAAUCACUCCACGAGAGGAUCAGCUUUCGAAGCUAGAGAAGCAGAGCUCUACCAAACAGGCCAGGACGUCUCUCAAAUCCCCAGUUCAGUAACUGGCUAACUGUAGGAGAAGGAGAGAGAGAUGGAGAACGGCGGCGCUAAAGGCGACGUCCCCGACGAUGCGAACGAGCAUUGCCCUGGAACACAGUCUGAGGAGGCAGGCAAGGCAGAUGCCUGCGCUGGGUGCCCCAACCAGCAGAUUUGCGCCACCGCCCCCAAGGGGCCUGAUCCCGAUGUGGUUGCUAUUGUUGAGAGGUUGGCUACUGUGAAACACAAAUUGUUAGUUUUGUCUGGAAAGGGAGGUGUUGGAAAAAGCACAUUCUCAGCCCAACUCUCGUUUGCCCUAGCUGAAAUGGACCAUCAGGUUGGCCUUCUUGACAUAGAUAUAUGUGGCCCUAGCAUCCCUAAAAUGCUAGGCCUUGAAGGACAAGAUAUUCAUCAAAGCAACCUUGGCUGGUCACCUGUGUAUGUUGAGUCCAACCUUGGUGUGAUGUCGAUUGGUUUCAUGCUGCCUAAUCCAGACGAUGCUGUCAUAUGGAGGGGUCCCCGCAAGAAUGGACUGAUCAAGCAGUUCUUAAAGGAUGUCGAUUGGGGGGAGAUUGACUAUCUUGUUGUGGACGCUCCUCCAGGAACAUCUGAUGAGCACAUCUCGAUCGUGCAAUACCUUCAAGCCACAGGAAUCGAUGGCGCGAUAAUCGUCACGACUCCGCAGCAGGUCUCUCUGAUUGAUGUGAGGAAGGAGAUAAACUUCUGCAAGAAGGUCGGUGUUCCUGUCCUAGGUGUUGUGGAGAACAUGAGUGGUCUGAGGCAGCCGCUUUCAGACCUCAGAUUCAUCAAGUCAGAUGAGGCGGGCAAGACAGAUGCGACAGAAUGGGCCCUGAACUACAUCAAGGAGAAAGCCCCUGAGCUUCUGUCGGUCAUGGCCUGCAGUGAGGUAUUUGAUAGCAGCAAGGGAGGCGCCGAGAAGAUGUGCCAUGAAAUGGGGGUUCCUUUCCUUGGUAAGGUGCCCAUGGAUCCGCAGCUGUGCAAGGCGGCUGAGGAAGGGAGGUCAUGCUUUGCUGAUCAGAAAUGCAGUGCCAGUGCGCCGGCUCUUCGAAACAUCGUGAAGAAGCUGAUCAAGGCCGAGUGAGAAAAUAAUGUUGGCCUGCUGGGGAAUCUGGUAGUGAGAAAUGAGAUGAAAUGACAGAUGCCAGAGUUCUCGUUACCAAUAUAUAUAUAUGUUACGGCGUUACACACUGAAUCUGUAUUAGUGCUUGUGUUGGACCUGUAAGUUUUUGUUCGUGAAUAAUCAGUGGGUGCACAGACUAUUAAAAGCUUAGUUUCUGCUCUACCAAGUGGACUAUGUUUGCUUGAACG